AUGUCCAACGUAUACACUCGUCUACACUGUCUGUUUUCUUCAAACCGAAAUUCAGCAAACUCCAUCAAAUCUAAACUACCACAAAUCCAGAAUCCAAAACCCACAAAAUCAACCCCAAACAUAAACGCAGACAUUAACCAAGGUGUUAAAGAGCUCUUGGAUGAGAGAGACUCUAAAAAACUCGUAGAAAAAUUCACUUCUCUUUCUGAGCACAAGUAUUUUAGAACAAAGCAUAGAAUUUAUGGUAAUAUAAUUCAUCGACUUACUCUUUCCAAACAAUUAUCUUUGAUUGAAUAUUUACUGGAAUCCCAGAAGAUUUACAUUUCUGGGGAAGCAUUUGCUGCUCGGAUUAUAUUCUUGUAUGGGAAAGCUGGGUUAUUUGAGCAUGCACACAAGCUGUUCGAUGAAUUGCCUGAUCGAGGUUUUGAACAAAGUGACAGAACCUUUAGUGCUCUGUUGGGAGCUGGUUGUAAUUCUGGGAAUUUCGAUAAGGUUUACGAGCUUUUUCAAGAGGUGCCCGUGAAACUGGCAAUUAAAUUAAGUAUGGACAGUUAUAAUGCAGCACUUCAUGCACUCUGUAAACUUGGUCUGUUUGAUGAUGCAGUGGCAUUGCUUGAUGUGAUGGAGGAGAAGGGAUUGAAGCCAAGUGUGUGUUCGCUUAAUACGGUUCUGGGAGCGUUUUAUGAGAAGGGAGAAUUUGAGAAAGGUGAGAAGAUAUGGGAGAGGAUGAUUGGAAGUGGUGUGGUUCCUGAUAUGAUCAGCUAUAAUUUCAAGUUGCAAAAACUUGUUAGUGAAGGGAAGAUUUCAGAAGCAAUGGAGUUGAUCAUGGAAUUGGAAAGUAAAGGAUUAAAUCCUAAUGUGGGUACUUACAAUGCCUUGAUUAUAGGAUCUUGUAAGCAUGAUGAUUUGGAUGGAGUAAGGAGAUGGUACACUGAGCUCAUGAGCCGUGGUUGUAUUCCAAACAGGGUAACUUUCCACACCAUUGUUCCUUUUCUGUGCGACAAAGGCGAUUAUAGCUUGGCAUUUCAAGUAUGCAAGAGGAUGUUUAGGCGUCAGUGCUCGGUGGAUGAGUCUUUGUUGCAGAAGGUAGUUGAUGGAUUGGCAAAGAACUCCAUGAUCGACGAAGCCAAUAUUCUUGUAGGACUAGGACGGUCUAAUAGUUUUUUUCCUUAUAAUCUUGUGUUGCCUAACCAAGGUGUGGUAGGCUUUUUCCUUUGA